AGUAAGACCUCCCUUCACCGCGCCGAGAAGCGGCUGGGGCGGCCCCCAGGCAAGUUCGCCCCGAGAGCGGGUGCCACGGGCCGAGAUGCUCCUCCGGGAUCUGGUCCUGCGCCGCGGCUGCUGUUGGCCCUCGCUGCUGCUGCACUGCGCGCUCCACCCGCUCUGGGGCUUCGUGCAGGUGACACACGGUGAGCCCCAGAAGUCCUGCUCCAAGGUGACUGACAGCUGUCAACAUAUCUGCCAGUGCCGGCCCCCUCCUCCGCUGCCACCACCACCCCCGCCCCCGCCGCCUCCCAGACUCCUCUCCGCCCCAGCUCCCAACUCUACCUCGUGCCCCCCGGAGGAGAGCUGGUGGUCGGGGCUGGUGACCAUCAUCGCGGUAUGUUGUGCCUCCCUGCUGUUUCUCACUGUGCUUGUCAUCAUUUGUUACAAAGCCAUAAAAAGGAAACCCCUGAGAAAGGAGGAGAACGGCACCAGCACUGCUGAGUAUCCCAUGACGUCCUCGCAGGGCAGCAAAGGCGUGGCCGCGAACAGCGCCGUGGUGUGACUCUGCGGCCCCGGACUACUGGCCAGAGGGGCACCUUGGUGGCACAUGAGCUGAUACUGGGCUUGUCCAGGACUUCAUUGUCUUGCCGGCUUUGAGCCUGUCGAAGGAGAAACCACGCUCCUCCCAGCCUCGCAGCUGGGCCGGGGCGGCGCAGGCCCCAGGCUGAGCCAGGCGCACCCGCAUGCUGCCCUGGGGCGGCUCUCCGCCAGCGCCCAACGCUCUCCGCAUCUCUCGUCUUGUGUGUGACCUGCUGUCUCCCGGCUACUGUCUAAAGCACGUGCUCUGUCGAAUGCACAGGGCCGGUCUGUCUGCUGAGCGGGGAGGCGUUCCCCUUCAGCCAAAAGAAAGGCAGUCCAGGGGCUGCUCCCCUGCCAGAAAACCUCUCCCCGCCCCCGGGAUGCUGGCCUGCUGCUCUGUGCCCAUGCCCUCCCCAACAGAAGCCAUGGACAAGGCUGCGAGACGUCUCCUUUCUAAGGUGCUUCCCACACAUGUCUGCCGCCCCAUCUGCUCUGUCUUCAGUCUGCAGGGCCUGCCUUCUCCCUCCUGUCCCCACUGACCCCCGGGCCCCUGGAUCCUGCCUGGCUCCUGACCCGCUGCCACAGAGGGCUGUGCGCCCACCCUGCCAAGUCCCCUCCUGCCUGAGCACACAAAGGGGCUCGUUUAUACUCCCGGGUAGUGGCUGGCCUUCGGGGUACACAAGGACACACUGAGCACUAGGCCACGGGCUUGGAAGGACAGAGGCCACGAGGCCUGUUCGCAGAAGCAUCCCUAAACCUGACCCUUGUAGGAACUGAUGCGUCCAUGUGAGUCAGGCCCUGCCUUCCUCUGGCAGAGGCCACUGCUGUGCCAAACCCACAGCGGGCGUGCAGGGCUGGGCUGGGUCUCCCCGAUGCUCUCCUGCAACCCUGAUGGGGACCGACCCUCUCCUGGGAGCCCCCAGGCCUCCACCCAUCCACAGAAGGCCAAGUUCUUCCAGUGGCCCUUUGACUCUUCCCAAGGUCUUGUGUUCUAGAAGCGCAGAACCCUCCACAGUGCUUGGUGGAUGAAGGGAAGCCACCCACCCACAUGUGGACACAUCACUAGGCCCAUGGAGAUGGCAGCCCUGGGGCUUUCCAUCCCCUGCUGGAUUGGGAGAGGCUCCUGACCUCACAGGUUCCUCACCACCCACACAUUUCCUAGGGAGCAAUGAGACACAUUGAAUGGUUCACUCCCUGGCCAGGUAGGAACCUUGCCAGGUGGAUGUGGUCUGCUUCCCGAACUACUCAGGGUUGCGGGAGGGGGGGGGUGCACAGGUGAGACUUUCACAUCCAGGUGAGACUGACAGACUGAAGACCAGUCCGCAUUUGGGCUGAGCCUGGAUACACCCACUGUCCCGGAGCCCUGUGCCCCCUGAGUUUUCCAGGUCCUGCUGCCUUUCACAGAGCAGAGGGGAGAAGGUGGGCUUCCUAUGGUCCUAACCCUGGUCCUGCCCCCAGGUCAGCAGGCACAGGCUGAGGACAGGCCCUGCCACAGCGUCCCAGAAGGGGCCCCCUGCCCCUUGGUUUUCCCUGUGUGUAAGGACAGUUUGGGGGUUGGAUGUGGGCUUGCUUUCCCUGCACACCUUAGCACAGCACAGUGCCACCUGGGCCUCCGUUCUUGCCCCAGCCUCGUAAGCACCGCAGUACUCCCGGUGGACGCCAUUGCUGCCCUGAGGGACGCACGGCUGGGCUACAGGCCAGAGGUCGUGGGUCCUCUGCAGGGCAGACCCUGCCCCGCAGUCCUCCCCCAGCCGCCUGCACCUCUCUGUGUAGGUCCCUACCGGUUCCCUGAGCAGAUAAUAGGGGGCGCCUUCAGCCAGAGGAGGCACCUGGCUAAGGGGUCGAGAUGUGCUGGGCAGCCACCCUGAAGGGGCAUCCAAGGGGGAUGGGCAAACACAGCCCACCUUCAUACAAACCCAUGGGUCCCACCUUCCCCGACCUUGGCUUAAACCUAAGAGCCCCGGAUUUUGUGAUUAGCCUGACCCGCCAGCGCCCGGUGAGCCUUCCAUCGGGCUCUGGGGGCCGCAUCCUCUUCCCCGGAGCCGCAGCCAGGGCUCUGUGGAAAGCUAGCCUUUGAGAGCACAUGGAAGUCCCCCAAGUCGGGUUUGCAGCAUCUCUUCCCGUCCAGUCAGUGAAAACCAAGAGAAGAACUUUGGUUUUUCGUUUUUGUUUGUUUAAAGGAUUUGCUUGAGAACCCCCAAACCGAGAAUCACCCACUCAUAAGACAGCUUUCACAGGUGCAGCGAGAGAGCCCCACCGGAUUUUUAGCUUAGGCAACCGGAGCGUCCGUAAAACUGGACCAGCCUGGUAUUUGAGCUUAGAACUUGUAUGUAAAGGAUGAAACUGCCGCCCUCGGCGUGGUCUGCACGUGGAGGCCGAGAAUGAAAGGCACGUCCCUUCUCUGCGUUUUCUCAAACAGAUGUUUUUCCGCCACGUCUCCUAGUUGAGCCCAACUUCAGAAUGGCCUGUAGCAUCACCCAGAGUUUCAGGUUUUAAUUAGAAGCUUCCAAAGCAAGUUUUGGAAGAAAGACUAAUAGCCGUAAAAAUAUAAACAUAUAUAUUAUAUAUAGCUAUCUAUAUUUAAAGAGAUAUCAAUACAUAGACAACAUUACUGUACUGUCUAAACCUGUGCAAAGUGUCUGAUUUAAGCAGCCCGGGCAGCGCGCGAUACCUAUUGCAUGAAGGUUAAUACUGGAGCUCUGCCUUCCUAACGAGGUGCCGCAUGUGCGCGGGAAGCCAGCUUCUGUCCUGGGAGUUGCCUCAGUGGACCUGCCGGGGUGACCUGUCCACCAAGAAGCCAGUGGUG